GUAAAAAAUGAAGGAGAAAAGCGAGGAUAAAGAGACGGAGUAUGGCAAGCCAUUGACCUACGACAAAAACUUUUCGGGACCACGACAGCGCAAUCGAAGUUGUACGGAUGUGCCAUGCCUGCUGCUAUUCGUCCUCUUCCUAGGAGGAUGGGGCUUCAUCGCCGAGUUUGCUGUCAGGAAAGGCGAUCUCCAAAGGCUUGUAGCGCCCAUGGACUCAUCCAACAAGGUGUGCGGCGUAGAUCCCGGCGUGGAGAAUAAAACGAACGUAUUCUAUUUCGACAUGACAAAGUGCCUUAAUCCGCUUUUGGACUGUAAGACACCAAAGGUGUGUUUGGAGUCCUGUCCCACACAGGUGUUUCAUUUUGAUUUAAUGAGGAGGACCAAAACUUUCAAAGAGCUGCACAGUAGACUUAUCUGCCGGACGGAGGAGGAUAAGUCGAAAAUUCGUACGGUAGCGGAAAUGGAACAUGCCAUCGAUCAGAAUCUAUGUGCGCGGUGGUACAUCAACAGUUCUCCCUUUCUCAACCGGUGCCUCUUUGACUUGUCUUUCAAUGCAUGUGAUUUAAUCUCCUCAUCCGCGCCGCAGGACCAAAAAUCACUGUCAACUGAAAAGGGUGUUGAUAGCAUCACAGCCAAAAUCCUAGAAAUGGUCUUGAAAAGCACGGGUCAAACGGCUGAGAAUUGCAAACUCGGAUUCAACAGUGACAUUGUUAAGGAGAAGAUGGCGCAAACGAAGUCGCAAAUGGGUAAGAUGGGAUGCAAUAUGUUGCCCAUCUUUUUCAAUGGCACCGAAAAAGUGCAGAAAGUAUGCGAGGAAGUAAUCGAGGAUCUGGAGAAGACCCCGAUGUUUCUUCUAAAGGCCGGCUGCUGUGCGCUGAUUGCCUCACUGAUCUAUAUAGCCCUGAUGCGCUGGUUCUCGGGUCAGAUCUUGUGGUUCUCCAUCUUCGGCGUGCUCAUCGGCCUCCUGUUGCCUCUUAUUUACUGCAUUACUCAGUAUAUCCACUGGAGGAAUGCAACUGAGGAGCCAAAAACAGAUCUCAGCGUAGAAAAUAUCGUUCAAAAAGUCUUGCAUGACCAACACUUCUGGCUCGGUCUAUCUAUCUUUCUUGGCCUGUGCUUCGUGGUCAUCCUGCUUAUAGUGAUUGUGCUGCUGAAACGCAUUCGGAUUGCGAUAGCCCUAGUAAAAGAGGGCAGCAAGGCGGUGAGCAGUGUGAUCAGCACCAUGUUCUUCCCCAUCUUCUCCUGGAUCCUUUUCAUAGUCGCAAUAGCGUUUGCCAUCUUCGUGGGCCUGCAUCUGUUCUCCAUUAAGGAAGCGUCUUUUAAGAUGGUGCGUCAGUCGGCGGAAAGCAAGGAAAUCUGCAAGUGCGAGGGCCCGGCUUCCGGCUACACAGUGGGUGAAUCUUGCAGCCCGGAAGAAUUUGAGCAGCACUGUUUCAUUCAGCAGACCGGAGAUCACGAGAAAUCACCAGUGCCUUGCUCUAGCACCACCUGCAGCCUUGACGACUUCGUUCUUUCGCCUCUGAUUAAAGCGGCCCUUUUCUACAACGUCUUCGGCUUCUUCUGGCUGAGUUUCUUCAUCUCCGCCUUCAGCUACAUGGUGCUGGCUUUCACCUUCGCCCGUUGGUACUGGACCCUAAAGAAGCGGGAUGUGCCAUUCUUCACCCUGACGGGAGCUUUCUUCCAAACUGCUUUCUACCACCUGGGAACCGUGGCCUUCGGUUCGUUCAUCCUGGCCCUGGUUCGCGUUGGCUGUUUGGUUCUGGAGUAUCUUAAUACGAAGGUGAAGGCACAUGACAAUUGGGUGACUCGGGCCAUCCGAUGGCUCCUGCGUUGCUUGUUCUGGCUUCUGGACGCUUUCCUGAAGUUCGCGACUCAUAAUGCCUACAUUAUGUGUGCCAUCCACGGCAAGAACUUCUGCUCCAGUGCCAAGGAAUCCUUUAAGUUGGUUCUGAGGAACUCCCUGCGAGUGGUAACGCUUGGCUUCGCCACGGAGUUCCUGUUCUUUCUUUCCAAAGUGUUGCUAUCGUCUGGCGCGGGUGUGUCCACCUACUUUUUCCUGUCAAAUUAUCCGGAUGUUAUCAAACUGCAUUACAAUUUAGUGCCAGCCAUAUUGGUGGCGAUUUCCACCUACCUUAUAACGUACGUGUUUUUCGGUGUCUACUCCACGGCCGUGGAUACGCUGUUCCUGUGCUUCCUGGAGGAUUGCGAGCGAAACGAUGGCUCGCAGGAAAAACCCUAUUUCAUGUCCAAGCGACUAAAGAGGAUCCUGGGCAAGAGGAACCAGUAG